CAACACUAAACAUUUUUAGUAUUAAUAUUAAUACUAAUAUACAGUAUAUAAACAAUACGUGUAUUUAAUUUACUAUAAAUUAAAUAAUAACUGUUUGUUGACUGCAGUGGUCAUCACAACUGAAAGUAUAAUUCAGAUAAUAACUGAUAACCACUUCUUUGACCACAUUUUUGUAUAUAAAUGGCUGUUCAAAAGGGAAAGGCGGCCACAAAAGGCCAGAAACAGAUCGUAGAGGACAACAAAGCGACGCUCAAGUUUUACUCAAUUAUGUCCAUCACAUCCAUGUUAAUAUACAUCUUAACAAUGCAUUUAUUUUUCAGCCAAUUAUUGACUUUUAAAUAUUUGUUUAUAUCAGUACUUUCGGGUUCAAUAUAUUUAACGGCAUUUUCAGUAAUGAAAUAUAUGGCAAAAGCUGUCUAUUCAAGUACUGGUGCUCUGGUCGACGGUGGCAUUGAUCUCAAUAUGGAGAGUGGUUUCGCUGAACAUAUGAAGGACUUAAUAAUCUUAACGACUGGAAUACAAUUACUAUCACUACUUUCAAACUACUUUUGGCUGUUAUGGCUUUUGGCUCCGGGUCGUGGUCUCUACAUGUUAUGGGUCAAUGUGUUGUCUCCUUGGUUUUUCCAACAGCCAACUGAGCAACAGGAAGAAGUGGCCGACAAAAAACAACGAAAGUUAGAGCGCCGUAUGAAACGAAUGCAGUGAUUUGUCGGACGGCAUACACUUAGGGGUCGGGUGUACACUGCGACCCAUUAUUUGAUACAUCAUUGAAACACAUCAAACAAUAACUUAGUUAUCACAUUGCAUCACAUUUUUGUUAUUAAUAAGAAUAAAUUAUUUUACCGCUAAUUAUAGUAUGUUUUUUGGAUUAAUUUUUCAAUAUUAGGGUAU